AUGGCCGCCAACCCCGACGCACAGCUUCCUCGCCAACCCAACUGGGACAACAUGUUGACCCAUUGGGACGGCCUUCGCACGGAGCUCUCGUCCCUCCCGAACAUGCCUGACCUAAACGAAGGUGCUAUGAUCCUGCAAGCCAUCACCGACAUGCGCAACGAUAUGAACCACCGCCUCACCGACAUGCGCAACGACAUUGCCGACAUACGCAACGACAUGAACCGCCGUUUCGACCGACUUGAGCAGAAGCAGGCAACGCUGGAGAAGAAUAACCAGGCCCGCUUGGCCAACGCCGCCACACCCAUGAAGCAGGAUGAGGACCUUGCCCCGCUGUACUCGGUCCAUACACACGAGCUCAUCGAGAACUUUCCACGCAACCUGACGGCUAUCAACCGCCUCAACGUACAGCAAGUCAACGCGCUUCUGCUCGACUUGGAUGUCACGCCCGCGGGCACCCUCGCCCAGAAGAAGCUGCUUUUCGAGCGCACCAUCGGUGUUUUCACGGCUCACCGCCAGUAG